UAUUAAUGUUGAUUCAUCUUAUUUAUGUAGUAUUAAACAUACACAUAAUACUCACUGAUUUCUUUGAUGUUUGCUUACAGUCUCAAAUUUUUCAUUUGCUAAUAUGGGCUACAAUCAGUGUUUAAGUUUAUAAAUAUACCUUAAUAUGGGUUUUAUAAAAUUAAGAAUAAGUAAAAGCAAUAAUAUGUUUGAAUAGGCAGAAUCUGUGUUUAUAAAAAAUAUGUAAAAGUUGACUUCACUAAGCAAAUUCCCAGAGACUUUACUUAAACAAUACAUUAUGCCAACAUUAAUUGAUGCAAUUACCUUAAAGGAUAUAGUAAGAUUCUUAAUAAUACUUAGUAACUUACGAUAGCAUUCUUCGUUGCUUUAAAUUUAGGUAUUUCCUAUUUGACCUUGUUCCUGACAAAUAAAGCAGUUAGAAGCAUUUCUUUACAUCUAUUCUAUGGAUUAUAUUAUCAUUAGAAUAAAAACUAAUAGCUCUAUCAAUUUUGGAUGCAAAGAAUACAAAAAAUCCUUUUAGAAAAAUAGUAAGCUAUAAAAAACAAAUUUUAAAAGUAAAAACCCUGAU